AUGUUGCUGCGACGGUUGUUUGAGCGUGAGGCCGAUGUGCGCCGGCUGGGGAGAUGAAGACGGUGCUGAUGGUGGCGGAGAAGCCGUCCCUUGCUCAAUCCAUUGCCAAGAUCCUGUCGCGGGGUAACUUGAACUCCCGGAAAGGUUUGAAUGGAGUAUGCUCCGUGCACGAGUACGCUGGGACCUUCCUGCAGCAGAAUGUCCGAUUCAAGGUGACGUCAGUCUGCGGUCAUGUGAUGACCUUGGAUUUCAUAGGAAAAUAUAAUAAUUGGGACAAAGUUGAUCCAGCAGAGCUUUUCAGCAAAGCACCAACAGAAAAGAAGGAAGCUAACCCCAAACUCAAUAUGGUGAAGUUUUUACAGGUGGAAGGGCGAGGCAUUGACUACAUUGUUCUCUGGCUGGAUUGUGACAAGGAAGGAGAAAACAUCUGCUUUGAGGUACUGGAUGCCAUUAAACCAGUUAUGAACAUUCCCCGUGGAAAUGAAAAGGUGGUUUAUCGUGCAAAGUUCAGUGCUAUAACGGAUAGUGACAUUAGCAAGGCCAUGAACCAAUUAGGAGAGCCUAAUCGGAAUGAAGCACUCUCGGUUGAUGCACGUCAGGAGCUUGAUCUGAGAGUGGGUUGUGCUUUUACAAGGUUUCAGACCAAAUAUUUUCAAGGUAAAUAUGGGAAUUUGGACAGUUCCCUCGUCUCAUUCGGACCCUGCCAGACACCCACUCUUGGUUUCUGUGUGGAGAGACAUGACAAGAUCCAAUCUUUCAAGCCUGAGGCUUACUGGGUCCUGCAAGCAAAGGUCACUAAUUCUGCUGGUGAUUCCAUGGUUCUAGACUGGGACAGAGUCAGAGUUUUUGAUCGAGAAAUAGCACAGAUGUAUCUGAAUAUGACAAAGUCCACAAAAGAAACAAAGGUGCAAUCUGUCAGUAAAAAGGAGAAGGUGAAGCAGAGACCACAGGCCCUAAACACUGUGGAGAUGUUACGUGUAGCAAGCUCUGCACUGGGGAUGAGCCCACAGCAUACCAUGCAAAUAGCUGAGAAACUCUACACUCAAGGAUACAUCAGUUACCCUCGAACAGAGACCACACAAUAUCCAGAAAGCUUCGACCUCAAAGCAACCCUCCGACAGCAAGCAAAUAACAUCAACUGGAGUGACGUGGUGAAGGCUUUACUUACUGAAGGCAUUAAUCGUCCUCGGAAGGGUCAGGACGUUGGUGAUCAUCCACCCAUCACCCCAAUGCGUUCAGCUACAGAAGCUGAAUUGGGUAGUGAUGGCUGGAGGCUUUAUGAGUACAUCACCAGGCACUUCAUUGCUACAAUCAGCUAUGACUGCAAAUACCUCCAAACAACAGUCGCUUUCAAUAUUGAUGAGGAACAUUUUACUUGUACAGGGAAGACUUUACUUUCAGCUGGUUACACUACAGUGAUGCCAUGGCAGAGCCUAGCAGAUGAGGAGACCCUUCCAGUCUGCGAGGGAGGUGAUGUGUUUGCUGUCAAUGAGGUCAAGUUGCUGGAGAAACAGACAAGUCCACCUGAUUACCUAACAGAGUCAGAACUCAUCACUUUAAUGGAAAAACACGGCAUUGGGACAGAUGCCAGCAUCCCUGUCCACAUCAACAACAUCUGUCAACGCAACUAUGUUACUGUGGAGAGUGGCCGCAGAUUGAAACCCACAAACCUUGGGAUUGUCCUUGUUCAUGGAUAUUACAAAAUUGACGAGGAGCUUGUCCUUCCCACCAUCCGCAGUGCUGUUGAGAAACAGCUUGGUCUCAUUGCUGCAGGCAAGGCCGAUUUCCCCCCAGUCCUGGAGCAUGCUUUGAAUAUCUUCAAACGGAAGUUCCACUUCUUUGUGGACUCCAUAGCAGGCAUGGAUGAAUUAAUGGAGGUGUCAUUUUCUCCCAUUGCUGAAUCGGGGAAGCCUCUGUCCCGUUGUGGCAAGUGCCAUCGAUUCAUGAAGUACAUUCAGGCCAAACCAAGCCGGAUGCAUUGUUCCCAUUGUGACGAUACCUACAACUUACCCCAAAAUGGAACUAUCAAGCUCUAUAAAGAGCUCCGCUGUCCGCUCGAUGAGUUUGAACUGGUUCUCUGGUCGUCUGGUUCCAGAGGGAAAAGCUAUCCUCUGUGUCCGUAUUGUUACAACCACCCACCAUUCCGUGAUAUGAAGAAAGGAAUGGGAUGUAAUGAAUGCACCCAUCCGACCUGUCAGCAUUCGUUGAGCCUGCUGGGAAUCGUCCAGUGUGUUGAAUGUGAGAGUGGUGUGCUGGUCUUUGACCCCACCUCAGGACCCAAAUGGAAGAUGGCUUGUAACAGUUGCAAUGUGGUCGUGCACUUCUUUGAAAAUGCCCACAGAGUGAAAGUAUCAUCUGAAACCUGUGUAUGUGAGGCAGCGAUCGUUGAUGUGGACUUCAACAAAGCAAAAUCCCCUCUGCCUGGUGAAGCAACACAGCACUCAGGCUGUGUCUUCUGUGAUCCAGUGUUUCAAAACCUUGUGGAACUUCAGUAUGCCAAAAUGAAGCACCCAAUGCACAGAGGUGGUGGAGGACAGGGACGAAGACGGGGGAGAGGUAGGGGGCGUAGACCUUCCGGCAGGGGCAAUCCAAAGAAACCCAAAGACAAAAUGGCUGCACUAGCGGCUUAUUUUGUGUAGGUGUGAACAAGGACUUGAAUAACUGAUGGCUUGCAUUUUCAUUGGUCUGUUUAAGGAAUUUGUAGUAUGCUUAGUCUUGUUCCAGCUGAAAAGGUAAAGCAGAGCCUUGGACUUCAAGGAAAUGAGGCAAAGGAAAAGGAAACUCGAGAGAAACAAUGGAAUCUGCAGGCUGCGUAACUCAGAUUUGGGCAGUUGACUAUGUCCAACUGAAAUAACUCACUUUUAAAAUAAAAUACAUGGUUUAUGAGGCCUCGAUCUAAAA